UUACUGGAGGUGGUGCGGUCAAAGCCAGCCGCUUGGCUGUUCUCUGCUGUGUGCAUCUCACUUUUUCUGGACAGCGCCCUGCUGACUGCUGUGGUGCCAAUUCUUCCGGACGAACUGCGUCAGCGUGGAUCCAACGGUACGCGGACUUUGGGCAUGCUGCUUGCCUCCAAGGCUUUCAUCGAGCUUCUUGCAAAUCCACUGGCUGGUGUAUGGAGCGCUCGGUUUGGUUGCCGGUACCUGCUGACCGUGGGUGACGCCGUCUUGCUUCUCUCCUCCUCAUUAUUUGCAGUGGGCCGGAACUUUGGCGUGCUGCUAGCUGCGAGGGCGCUGCACGGCAUCGGCUCCACCUGUCUCAAGAUAUCCGGUGAGUGUCGCUGAAGAGAAUCGCCAAAGCUCUGAUGACACAGGUCUGGCUGCACUGGCGGCUACCUUUCGAGGUUCCGAGCGCAACCGGAAGCUGGCGUGGGCGUUGGCGGCUGGCGCGCUCGGAG